AUGGAGCAGCAAGAGUCGUCGACGUCGUCGUCAAGCUACACCAGCAGAGCCAUUGCGCUCGACACCGCAACCUCUGUCUCGUCAACAGAUUCAUCGGCCUCGUCGUCGUCAUCAAGCUCACCCUCAUCGACCGACUCCGCCGGCUACGGCUACGACGCCGAGUCGGGCGGUGCCGCCGGUGUCAUCAUCGAGGCCUCCAACAUCACCGUCAAGGUCCCGGCCAAAAAGUCGCUGCUUGACAAGUGCCGCGGCCGGCCUGGCACGGAUGAGAUCGUCCUCCUCGACAAUGUCUCGCUGAAGCUUGUUCCGGGCGAGCUCACCAUGCUCCUCGGCCCGUCGUCGUCGGGCAAGUCGCUCCUCCUCGACGUCCUCGCCGGUCGUCUUCCGUCGGCGCUCGAGUCGUCCGGCUCGGUGCUGUACAACGGCAUGGAGCUUGAUCCGUCGGACGUCAUGGCCAUCUCGGGCUAUGUCCAGCAGGAAGACAUCAUGCUCUCCGACUCGACGCCACGCGAGAACCUGCACUUCCUCGCCCGUCUCUCGCUCCCGUCGACCAUGUCGGCCGAGGAUCGGGGCGCACGCGUCGAGUCAGUUCUCAACUCCCUUGGCAUCGCCAAGGUCGGCGACACCCUCGUCGGCGUCCCGGGCCUCAAGCGCGGCCUCUCCGGUGGCGAGCGGAAGCGGGCCAACAUUGCCCAGUCGCUCAUCACCGCUCCGCAGAUCCUGUACGUCGACGAUCCCACCGCAGGCCUCGACGCCGCCACUGCCGAGACCGUCAUCGUCAACCUCCGCAAGCUCGCCAAGAAGAACAACAUGACCAUCCUGGCCUCGAUUUCGCAGGCCUCCAACGAGAUGCUGCACAUCUUCGACAACGUCAUGGCACUUGCCGGCGGCCAGGUCGCGUACUCGGGCAAGCUCCUCUCACGCACGGCGCUGGUGCCGGGCGACGACGAGACGGCUCACAGCGGCUCGUCGUCGGCGUCUACCUCGGCCUCCUCGUCGCUCGCGCGCAUCCAGGCCAUCACUGCCGCGGCGCGCGCAGCCGGCAUGGGCCUCCCGGACUCGUCGUCGGCCUCGCUCUCGCAGGCUGGAUCGCUCCAACUCGACGAGUUUAAGGGCCACCGCCCGUCGCCGAUCGUCAAGCUCGCGCAGCUCGUCAAGCGCAACAUCAUGCUCCAGGUCCGCAACAAGCAGGCCUCUUGGGCCCGCGCCGGACAGAUGAUCAUUCUCGGCUUCCUCAUUGCUGCCAUCUGGUACCAGAUCGACCGCGGACAGACUGGUGGUCUCGACCGCGCCGGCCUCAUCUUCCUCGUCACCAUCAUGCUUGUCUUCUCUGGUAUGCAUGCGGCAGUGACGCUGUUCAUCCCAGAGCGGGCGGUGUUCAUGCGCGAGUCACAGGACGGCCUCUACAGCACCGUCACGUACCUCGCCGCCAAGGUCAUCGCCGAUCUGCCGUUCCAGGCCGCCUACAUCGCCCUGUACGUCUUCCAGGUCUACUUUAUGGUCGGCUUGCAGGCCGAGCUCGACAAGUUCCUUAUCUUUACCGGCUUUGCAUACCAGCUCUCGCUCUUUGGCACUUGGCUCGGUCUCCUCCUCUCUGCGGCGACCGGCGAUUCGGAUGCCGCCAACGCGCUUGCUCCGGGCAUUGUCCUCCCGUCGACCCUCUUUGCCUCGUUCCUCGUCAAGCCCGAGUCGAUCUGGGUCGGCAUCCGCUGGCUGCGCUACUUUUCGUUCAUGAAGUACGCCUUUAACGGCGUGCUCAUCAACGAGCUCAAGGGCCUCACCUUUACCUGCGACGCCUCCGAGGCCAUCAACGGUACCUGCCCUGUUCCCAACGGGCAGGCCGUCCUUGACCUGUUCGAGGCCGAGGAGGACGGAAACAUCGGUUUCAACUCGGGCAUCCUCGGCGUCUUCAUGGCUCUCUUCCUCAUCCUUUCCUACCUCGCCCUCAACGCCUCGCGCAAGCGGUAA